AUGCCAAUUUAUAAUGAAGUUUGGGAGGAGGAAGGUAAAAUUAGAUCUAUUCUGUAGAUUUCAUGUUCAGAAAUAUGAUUAAUCUCUAAACUUUAACAAAGAAUCAUGUUAAACUUUUGGACAAUCUUAAAUUUGAAUUUGUUGAGUACAAAGUAAUCAAAUUAUUAUAUAUUAAUGGCAAAUCAAUUAUUAGCUUGUCAUCUAUAUGAU